AAAUGUUACCGAUUUUAAAACUAAUGUUGAAUUAGGAGAUUCUUGUAAAUUUCUUACUUCUGAUCAUGAAGAAGCGGAUACUAGAAUUAUUUUGCAUGUGUUGUCUGCUAAAAUGGCUGGGUACACCCGGUGUAUUGUGGAGUGUAGCGAUACAGACGUGCUAGUUCUGUUAGUGCACUUCAAAAAGCAGCUUAUUCCUGAACUCUGGAUGAAAGUUGGCAAAGGGGAAAACUUAAGGUACAUUCCAAUUCAUGAUAUCAAUAUGUCUGAAAAUCUUUCCAAUAAUUUACCAGCAUUCCAUGCUUUAACGGGUUGUGACACUACAAGUCAAUUUGGAGGAUUCGGAAAGAAGACCUGUUGGAAAGUAUAUCUGGCAUACAGUCACUACUUAAAUGGGGUGGGCAUGGAUGACAUCUCAGAAGAAUUGUUCAUCCGCAUGUACAAUUUCGUAUUAAAAAUCUAUUCCAAGAAUCCAAAUAUCACGUCCAUUAAUACACUGCGUGGAGUUAUGGCUGCUGCUACGCCCAUCAAUAAGUUGCCACCAACAGAAGAUGCACUGAGGCAACACUGUUUAAGGGUGUGUUUUCAAACUAAAGUAUGGCUGCAGGCAUCAGUACCACUCCCAAAAUUACCCUCCACAACAGAAUUCGGAUGGUAUGUUAGUGCAAAACGCGAACUUUUGCCUGUUUUUACCACAUUGCCGCCAUUCCCCACCAAUUUGGCUGUUCUAACUUCUUGUGGAUGUAAAAAGGAUUGUGCCAGUAAGGUGUGUUCUUGUAAGAAGAACAAAUUGUGUUGCAUAGGCUCUUGCAAAUGCAUGGCCCAAAAAACAUGCAAAAAUCCACUAACCGCAUCCCAAUCAAUACUUCUUCCAGAGCAAGGCGAUUCUGAAUGCUCAGAUGACGAGUAG